UUUUUUUACCCUUGCUGGAGGGAAGUUUGCUAAAGCGCUACAGGCUGACCAGACAAGACUGAUUCUUCACUGAAUCUCUUAUUCAUUUUACACAGCAACAAAUCUAUAUACCUCACGUGUGAUUAAUUGGAUCUUUUAACUAAAUGCAAUAUAAUUCACUAUAAACAAUAAAAAGUCAAGUAGAUAUAAGAUAGAUGAUAGGAAAAAAAGUAAGUAGUCUGCAUGUUCACUGGUUUUAUAGCCUAGUUCUUAACCUGUGUAUGUUCACUUUACAUGUAUGCACUCAAACAGACAAUAGUCACUGUGUCCAUCUGAAAACAUGUACACAAUAUAAGCUAUACCAUUCAUCAAAUGAGGAACACCCUGAGUUUGGAUAUCUAACCUAUAAUGACUUAUAAUCACUUAUAACGAUAAACAAACCACUGAAUAAAUUUCUUCAGUUUUUUUAAGAACAGUGAAGCAAUUUUUUUUUAAACAGUACUUUUGUAAAGAGCACAAAUGCACCCAGGUUGUGUAUAUGUAAUGAAUUAUAUCUCUGCUAAACUUUUAACAAAUGAAAAAAACAAAAACAAACAAACAAAAAAACCAACAACAACAAAAAACUUUAUUGCAAGCUUAUUUUAGACCUCUGUAAAGUUGAUGUCCCAUUCAAUAUCAUUCUACAAAGUCCUCCCCCACUGUUAGAAUAUAUUUCUCCUGUUGUAUUCAGACUAAACCCCAUGCAUUAUCGUGAAUUAGUUCAUUCUGGCUUGUUAAAGCGUGGAUUGAUUUGAAACUAACAUCAGGCAGCAUAAGAUUCGCUCUUAAAGCACAAAGCAUCAUGAAUCUUUUCCCCCCUCAGUGUACACAUGAUGAAGAAGAUACCUUGUUGUGUGGGAUUAACACCUGCCUGUGUGUUUUUCUAUAGAACUAUACAAUAAAACGCCUGUCUCUUUAAGGCGAGGCAGCGGAGUGUUGUGAAGUUCAAGUUGGGGUCACUGUUAGUUCCUGCCCUUGCUUUUACCUUUUGAGUUUUAUUGUAGACUGACAUCACACACACAGAGCUAAAGCACACUGCAUCAUCAGCUCCGUUCGCCUUUUUACAUACACUCACACACACUCUCUCUCUCUCACACACACACACACAAAUUAAAGGAAAUUACUACAAUAAAAAAGCCAUGCUGUAGCGAGGGCACAUAUUUUAUAGGAGGAGGGAAAGAGGUGGAGAGUGAGAGAAAGAGAGAGAGAGAGAGAGUGUGUGUGUGCGAGAGAGAGAGAGAGAGAGAGGAGGGCGAACAAGAUUCAUAGCAAUUAAUAAUCUUUAAAAAAAAAAAAUAGUUGGCAGUCGUGUGCGGAAAACUGGCAUGGUUUUUGGAGGCUGGCAGUUCAGAGUUGAGACGUCAGAAAUGCGUGCAUUAGAGAGCUGAGAUGAUCAUUACCGGAGACUCAGAGCGGAUGGUAGAAGAUCUCGGGUAUCCAGGUGGCGGACGGAAGACAAUGCUGGAUGCCAUGGAAGUCCCAAGUCAUGCUAGGCACCUCCUCUUGCAACUGAACACGCAACGCACCAAAGGCUUCUUGUGUGAUGUCAUCAUAGUGGUGCAAAAUGCUCUAUUUCGUGCUCAUAAGAACAUUCUGGCUGCCAGCAGCCUCUACCUUAAAUCCCUUGUUGUCCACGACAACCUCAUCAACCUGGACCAUGAGAUGGUGAGUCCAGGUGUUUUCCGAGUCAUCCUUGACUAUAUAUACACAGGACGCUUAAAUGAAGGUGACCCCACCUCUCCAACAGAGCCCAACAUAGGUGCAGUGCUAGCAGCUGCUAGUUAUUUGCAGCUGCUGGACUUGGUGGCCCUGUGCAAAAAAAAGCUAAAAAGGAAUGGGAAAUACCACUUACGACCCACGUCUGGGUUUCUGCCUUACAGUAAAAUGAGCCCCAGUGGAGUGCUGGGCGGACGGCUGCGAGUGUCCACUCCAGUAAUACAGCCCUGCUUCCCUGGUGGGGUGAUGAGCACACCACGAGGCCAAUCAUUGGAGGAUCUACCACCCCACUCCUUGGCCCCCCAUGUAGGAGAGCUUUAUGCUCCAGUCCCUACACAGGGCCAGCAGCCCUACCCUCAUACUCAAGUAACCCUGCCUCCACAGCCAGGUUUACGUUUGCCUUCUGCUGACAGGAACUGCUCACCCAUAUACGGCCUAGACCUGUCCAAGAAGAGCCCCAGCUCCCAGCAUCAUUCUACCCAUCCUCAUCUGAGUCACCCUAAUGAGGAGCCAGAGGGGGAACUGAAUCACCGCACAAGCCCGCUGCUUAGCCCUACCAAUGGCUCAGGGAAAAUGGAGUCUGUACACCACACUGGCUCUCUUACUCCACGGUCUUUUCCCCUCCUUAACCCACUGCCCCAGCUCCCUCGUUUUCAGCGUUCAAGUUCCCAGGGCCAAGAGGGUUACCCCUGCCCCCCAAGCCCUGAGCCCUCAGAAGAACCAGGGGACCGCAGCAGGGAUGGUUCCAACAUUUACCGCUGGGUGAAGAAUGAGCCCAUGACCUACAGUGUGGAGGAUGAAGAUGAGGAUGAUGAAGAGGAUGAUAGUGGGGGCAUGGGUGAGCAGGAUAAAGACACACACCACCAACAUAUGAAUCACCACAAAAACAGUGAGGAGAAAUUGAACCUGAGUGAGGGAGGCUAUGACAGGCCAGGAACCUGUGAUGGAGAGGAUGAGAAUGGGACAGGCAGUGAGGAAACAGGCAGCAGCGAAGGCAGGCCAUCUCCCCCUGGUCCCCGCGGGAGGUAUCAUAUGCCCUAUGAGCCAGAGAGCUUUGGAGAUAACCUAUAUGUGUGCAUCCCAUGUGGCAAAGGGUUCCCCAGCUCUGAGCAGCUCAAUGCCCAUGUGGAAACCCAUGCUGAAGAGGAUCUCAACCAUGUGGGAGAGCUAGAAAACCCAAACAGCAAUGGCACUGACAAACCCGCCAGCACCAAUGGACCCACAAACCUGAACAGCACCGGCAGCCUCCACAGCACCUACCUAGACAGUAAAUCAGGGCAGAACCUACAUCCAGGGGGCAUUGGGGAAAUGAUUCGGCCAUAUCGCUGUGCCUCCUGUGACAAAACCUACAAAGAUCCGGCCACGCUAAGGCAGCACGAGAAGACCCACUGGCUGACCCGCCCUUACCCCUGCAGCAUCUGUGGGAAGAAAUUCACCCAGCGUGGCACCAUGACCCGCCACAUGCGUAGCCACCUGGGCUUGAAGCCUUUUGCCUGCGAUGCCUGUGGCAUGCGCUUCACUAGGCAGUACAGGCUCACUGAGCAUAUGCGCAUUCACUCUGGUGAAAAGCCGUAUGAGUGCCAGGUGUGUGGUGGCAAAUUUGCCCAGCAGCGGAACCUCAUUAGUCACAUGAAGAUGCACAGCAGUGGAGGGAAUGGUGGGGGGUUCAUAUCUGAUGGCAAGAUGAAGAUGGACUUCUCUGAGGGCAUCUUUCCCCUAAGUAAGUAUGCAGCUGAACAUCUAGGCCUGAAACAAGAGAAGGCCUCGGAGCUUCUCGCACAGGCCUCUCAGCAGUUGCUGGCAGAUGCCAAGGCCAUGGAGAGCCUUUAUCCACUGUCCAAACUAACUGCAGAGCACCUAGGCCUCACCCAUGAUAAGAUGGAUGUCCUGCCACUGCCACCUGCCUCUCAACAGCUCUCUGCAGAGGCACGCACCAUUGACCGUUACUCCCCCAGCUAGAGAGGAGACCACCAACUCUGUCUUCCAUCAGCAGAGGUCAAUUGCCCAGCUAUGACACAUAACUAAAUGCUUGUAUGCUGCCCACAGUAUUUUAACUCUCACCUCAAUUUCAAUGAACCUGCACCUCAGACACAGGAGGAAAGAGACCUUCACCCAGAAAAAUGCACACAGGAUGCAUUGACUGUUAAAAGUGCCUUUCUCUACACAUUUUGCAGUAUAGCCAUUUAAAAAAAAAGGAGAACUGUGUUAUUUAUAAUUUGCUCCAACCAUGGACACACUCACAUAACA